CUCAUGUGUAUAUUUGCGCACAAUGUCAUUCAGGCUAUUAUAAAAUCACUGAGAUGCGCAGUUAUAACACAACCUGCUGAUUAGAAUGACUGAACAGGAGCCUGACACCAAGAGCCAGAGUGUGAAGCUUUUAGGGAUUCUGGACAUUGGGAAAACUCCUUGUGCAAGAGAUGCUGUUCUUCAUGGUGCAGGAGGAUCUGCCAUCGCCGGAUUAGUGCACUUUCUGGCAACUAGCAGAGUAAAGCGUUCAUUUGAUGUUGGGAUGGCUGGAUUCAUGUUGACUACACUGGCUUCAUGGUUCUACUGCCGGUUUAACAAUGCAAAAUUGCGGGCUCAGCAAAAGAUUAUUCAGGAUGGAAUUAGGAAUAAAGCUAUUUAUGAGGGGACGAGUCUUGAUCCUACACGAAAAGCAAAAGAUGAGUAAAGACUGAAUGCUCUUUGCAGUGACUUUUAUGUUGCCCUUUCCCUUAAUGCAGGUUUGUUCAUUGUAUGUAUAAAGUUAUAUUUGUGUUUAUGAUGUAAUGAUUACUAAUCCAAUAUAAAAACUUAAACAGAAACAAAAGA